AGGCAGCAGCUUUCGUCCGCCUCCCGAGUCCGCCAUCGCUCGCAAGCUGAAACUCGUCGAAACAAGACGGACCCGAUAAUACCGGACGUUUUGGGGCUCGUUUCUGGAUAUGUCUGUUCAUGAUGCCAGCAACCAGCAGCUGUACCACUUUGCAGAGGAGCAGGCCACUCCAGACCCAUACUUGACUCCGGAAUACACUGCCACGCACAGGGGAAAGGGGACAUCCAUUAUCAUUGACAAUGGUUCGUCCUACUGUCGGAUGGGCUGGGCCGGAGACGAGAAGCCUGCCAUUGUGUUUCGCAACGCAGUAGCUCGCAGUAGAGGCAAGAGGGGUGAGUCGGACCAGGUUUGUGUUGGUAACGACAUUUCCAGCGUGGAGGCCGUCCGAUCCUCUCUGAGGACUCAGUUUGACAGAUGUCUGGUCUCCAACUACUCCGUCCAGGAGCAGCUGCUCGACUAUGGCUUCGCUCACCUCGGUCUCCACCGACAGUCCGCCAUCAGACACCCCGUCGUCAUCACCGAACCCGUCUGUAACCCCGGAUACUGCAGGGGACAAAUGUCUGAGCUGCUCUUUGAAGCCUACGACGUACCGGCAGUGGCGUACGGUGUUGAUGCUCUAUUUGGAGCCCACCGUGGGAGUGUGGAGCAGUUGGGUCGACCUCUGGAGGAGGGGCUUGUGGUGUCGUGUGGCCACUGCACCUGCCGCAUCCUCCCCGUCCUCCAGGGGAGACUAGACGCCACUCACUGCAAGCGAAUCAACCUGGGUGGAGUCAACGUGGUGGCAUACCUCAAUCGUCUGUUGCAGCUGUCCCGCCCUCCCCUCCUCCCCCACCUCACCCUCACACGGGCACAGGAGAUGGUCCACGCCCACUGCUACCUGGCAACCGACUACUCUGCCGAGCUCCAGGAGUGGGGAUCUGGUAGCAGGGCAGGAGAUGUUCGUCUGGCCCAGCUGCCCUACUCCCCCUCACUGGCCACUCCUCUCCUGGUGGACGCUGCGGGGAGAGAAGCGAAGGACCGGCAGCGCAGGGAGAGGGCCAGAGAACAGCUGCUCAAAGUCAACCAGAGGAAGAGAGAGGAGAAGGCAAGAGGGCUCAUACAGUGGAACCCCUCCCUAAGGACACCCUUGAAACGAAGACACCUCUCUAAUAAGGACACCUUUUCAUUCCCUAAGAACAGUUUCUUGCAUGCAAUUUAACACCUGAAAUAAGGACACCUCACUUCUGUGGUCGGGAAUGCCACCACACGCCCCUCCGGGGGUUGCCCCUUUAAGGGAAUCUGUCCUCUGCACCAUGUAACCCUCGUCCGGCAGAUAGCGGAGUUUGAGGAGGAGCUGGAGAGACUGCUGGCAGUACAGACAGAGAGAGAGCAGCUGGAUGCAGAAGAAUACUCCCUCCUUUUGGAGCAGGCCGGGUUCCCCACUCACGAGGCACUGCUGUCAGCUACACAGGCAGUUCAGUCAAGUUUGGAGACAGAGCAACAGAGGCUGGCUUCUCUACUGCAGAAACUGAGUGCACCAGACCUCGGCUCAGAGGCAGUGUCAGAGGAGUGGUUGCAGAGCCUGAGAGAGAGACAAAAAGAGUUACUGGAGCAGCGGAGACAGAGGAGGGCGUCCCGUCAGGAGCUGGGGAAGCGACGGAGUGCUGCAUCCCAGAACAGAAUGAGGAUCAUCUCGCAGCUGGCAGAGGAGGCCGCCGUUGGGAAGAGAUCCAAGAGGAGCAAAGAGGACACGUUUGGAAUGAAUGACGACGACUGGAACGUCUAUAGAGCCAUUAGUAGGGACACUGGCGGCUCAGACAGCGAGAGGGAAGACAUUGAGUUGGCCGACAUCAAGAAGGUGCUGGACAAACACGACCCCGGGUACAUGAGGGCCCAGGCUCUGCCGACAGGGGAGGUGGGGGGAGGAGGGAGUGUGGCUUCUCUCUACCAGCUGCCUCUUGGGAUUGAGAGAUUCAGGGCUCCAGAGAUUCUGUUUCAGCCGACGAUGGUAGGAGUGGACCAGUGUGGGAUAUCUGAUACCAUUGAGUAUGUCCUCGGGUCAUAUCCUUCAGACGUACAAAUGAGACUUGUUCAGAAUGUGUACAUCACAGGCGGGACCUCUCUUCUCACCAACUUCUCCGAGCGACUGACGACAGACCUUCGUCGGAUGAGACCGUACCGGUCUCGCUUCUCCGUGGUGAAUGCCAGCCACAAGCUGUUGGACGGGUGGCGAGGUGCCAGUCACUGGGGCCAGGCAGAGGGGAACCGACAGUGGUUCAUUAGUCGCCAUGACUACCAGGAGAGAGGGGCAGAGUAUCUGAAGGAACACUCGGCUUCUAAUCCUUACAUCACUCCACUUGAGUCUAGCUGAACUACAACACUCUGUCUAUCUGUACACCUAAUUCAGUGCCUAUGAAAAAAAUUUGGCUAACUCACUCCCUG